GUUUCAUUCUGCUUUGCACUCUAAGCGGACACACCACCGUGCCACUCUUCACUACUUCAUCUCACCCAAACCUGUUUUCCUAUUUAACCUGCAGUGAUAUCCAUCCUUCUGUUCUGUGUCCCUAAAAAAUUAGUGUGCACGGUUAACGUGCAUUAACACUAGGAGCUAUGGCGUUUAAUGGAUAUAUUGUGACCAUGCUGUGUGCACUUUGGGCAGGGAUCUUCGCUCUGGAUGAAAAAAAACAGUCUUUCAAAGAGUGUCCCGUGGACUUGUUCUUUGUGUUGGACACAUCUGAAAGUGUGGCCCUCAGAUCCAAACCUCCAGAUUUUUACAUCGACCAGAUCAAAAGAUUUACCAACCGGUUCAUCGAUCAGCUGAAAGACAUAUCACAACCAUGUAGUCGUUUUUUGACUUGGAACUCUGGAGCGCUGCACUACAGUGAUGACACCGAGCUGGUGAUGGGGUUAGUUGACGUGAAAACACACCGUUCGGAGCUGAAGGCUGCCAUAGAUAGAAUCAGUUACAUCGGCAAAGGAACGUACACCGACUGUGCCAUCAAGGAGGGUAUCGCUGAGCUAGUCAAAGCGGGCUCCCAUUAUCAUCAGAAUAAGUACAUUGUGGUGGUCACGGAUGGUCAUCCUUUGACUGGCUACAAGGAGCCAUGUGGUGGGAUCCAGGAGGCUACCAAUGAGGCACAUCAGCAUGGUAUCAAAGUGUUCGCUGUGGCCAUCUCACCUGACCAGGAGGACACCAGACUCUCUAUCAUUGCCACAGACAAAAACUACAGACAGAACUUCACCGCUGCAGACCCCUACCGCUCCUUGCAAUCGACCACUAUAAACACCAUCAUUGAGAUGAUUACAAAUGAAACAACGGAUGUGUGCUGCUCCAUUGACUGCCACGCCCCUGAAGGCCCUCCAGGACUACCUGGUGACCCAGGACAUACAGGAGAGUCUGGAAGACCAGGCAUGCCAGGAGAGAAAGGAGAUGUUGGACCUCCGGGAAACCCCGGUGAUCCCGGUCCAGUCGGUUACCAAGGAAUGAAGGGCGACCAAGGAAUAAAAGGUGAAAAGGGUGACAGAGGUCAUAAAGGCUUCAAGGGAGAAAAAGGUCGUCAUGGUAUUGAUGGCCUCGAUGGACGUAAGGGUGAGCCAGGAUUCUCAGGCCUUCCAGGCUGCAAAGGGUCACCAGGGCCAAAUGGCUUGCAAGGAGAUACGGGUCCUAAAGGAGAUCCCGGGCCAUAUGGAUCCAAAGGAGAAAGAGGAGAUCCUGGCAGAGACGGUCCACCAGGAAGACCUGGGAACUAUGGGUUUCCAGGAACAAAGGGAGAAAGGGGUCCUAGAGGCGCCAAUGGUGAUAAAGGGGAGAGAGGAGAUGACGGAUCACCAGGACCAGAUGGCCCAAGAGGAGAAAGAGGCAUACCUGGUGAGAAAGGUGAACAAGGUUCCCGUGGUAACAGAGGGCCCAGAGGCGACCCUGGUGAACCUGGACCCCGGGGUGAACAAGGACGUGAGGGAUCAGCAGGGCCAAACGGAGAGCCGGGCGAGCCAGGAAGGACAGGGGCACCAGGUUACCGUGGCGAUGAGGGUCCUGCUGGGCCAGAGGGACCUAAAGGGUCCAGAGGAAUCAAAGGGUCCCCAGGAGACAGAGGCCUGAUGGGAGAGAGGGGUGUAGAUGGACCACCAGGAAAUGGAACCGAGGGUUGCCAUGGCUUCCAGGGUUAUCCUGGGCCCAGGGGAGAUCCAGGAUCACCUGGUGGAAAAGGAACCCCUGGACCCAAGGGAGAUGAUGGAGAGCCAGGUGACCCCGGAAGAGAUAAUGACAGUCCGGGACCAGAUGGGCCUAGAGGACCCAAAGGUCACAGAGGUUUAGAAGGAAAAGAGGGACCACCAGGACCACCUGGGCCUCCAGGAGUUGAUGAAUGUGAAAUUCUGGAUAUCAUCAUGAAGAUGUGCUCUUGCUGUGAAUGCAAAUGCGGACCCCUGGACAUUCUCUUCGUUGUGGACAGCUCUGAGAGUAUUGGAGCUACUAACUUUGCCAUCUCUAAAGACUUCAUUGUGACGUUAAUAGACAGGCUCAAGAUAAGACAGUUUGGUGCCAAUGAGUCUCGUGUUGGCGUGUUGCAGUACAGUGGUGCAGGUGCUCAGGAGAGCGUACAGCUUGGUGACCCCAACGUUACGACCCUGACGGACCUAAAACAAGCUGUGAAAAACUUCCGCUGGCUGGCUGAAGCCACAUACACUGGAGAAGCUUUGAGUGUCAUGCUAAACAGGUUGAUUAGAAGGGUUGCGACGGACAGGACUGUGGUCAUUGUCCUUACUGAUGGACGCUCCAACACCGAAAGGGAUAGAGUGCCCCUGGACGUGCUGUGUGGAAAGGGACUGAAGGUUGGAGGCAUUGGAGUGAUGGAUUAUGCAGAAAGGAGGCCCAAUAGAGAGCAGAUUAAUCAGGUUGCAUGUGAAUCUGAUCGCACAAAUAGCUUCUCCUUUAUCUUAGACAACUAUGGUGUUCUUUUGGAGGACAGUUUCCUGCAAAAUAUGACUAAGAAAAUCUGUGAAGACACGAAGUGUCCCAGCUAUACUUGUCCAAUUUCAUUUAAUGGCGACACUGAUAUCCUCAUCAUGAUGGACAGCUCAGCCAGCGUGGGCAAAGAGAACUUUGAGAUGACCAAGGACUUCACAAAAAUGCUGGCUGAGCGCUUUUUGAAAGCAGAAGGAAGAUACCUGGUCCAUGUUGGUGUUGGCCAGUACAGCAGCAAUACCAACAUGGAGGCCGAAUUUAGCUCAGAUUACAAUGAGGUGAUUGCUCAAAUCGCAGAAGCCAAGUACCAGGGUGCAGGUACUCGGGUAACAAAUGCUUUAACCUUCGCAAUUGAGCGCUUCAAAGGUGGUGGAAUUAGGAAGAAGAAGCUGCUGUUGUUUUCGGAUGGUCGUUCCCAAGGCGUAGACAACAACCAGAUUAAAAAUGUUGUGAGGCAGGUGACCACUGCUGGCAUUGAGCUGUAUGUGUUGGCCAUUCACAACCAUCUACAUGAGAUAAACCUGCUCACCUUGGUGAGCCAAGGCCUUCCCUAUAACUACACGUAUGUCCACAAACACCUUUUCAAAAGAGCCGACUACCACUCAUUGCUUACUGGGGUGUUUUACCAAUCUGUAUCCCGCAAGAUUUCCCUGGAUUAGAGGGGGUGAUUCGGUAGUGGAAAGGCGUUCAGGAAUAAAGGGAGUGGGUGGCAGUAUAGUACAGCAUAGUGUGAAUGACAUAACUGAACUUAAAAGGUUUUUCAAAGUCUCUGUUUGAUUUCAUAAAAGACCGCAAAUGAUUGAGUCAGAAUUCUUAAAAAAAAAUAAAAAAAAUUUAUGUCACUUUGCAAAGUAAAGGGAUUAUUCAAGUCAUUUCACCAUUUACGUCAAUUGUUGUAGUUGGUUCUAGUGCUUUGGCUAUAUGACUGUAUUUAGUUUGCUGUCUGUGACCGCCAGAAAUGAGCAUUAUCCAUUGUUGAGGGCAUGAA